AUGCAUAAAAAAUCUGGUGUAACAAUGAAAUCAUCACAUCAGUCCCUAUCGUUCGCAUCAUCAUCGUCGUUGGCAUCUGCAGCUGCAUCAGCAUCAAAUAUGUCUAGACGGAGUGAUCGUUUACUGCCUAUUCAUCCGAAUAAUUCGAACGAAGUGAUACGCGGGGAAUGGGAGUCAAUUUCACAAUGGUUAUGCGAUGUCCUGUCAUCUGGUGAUGUUCUGUGUGUGUGA